CGUCUCCCCCCAACCGUGGACCGUCUUCCGCUUCAGCGGACUUUGUGAUGGACCCAUAUUACGCCCAACAACAGCCCGCCUCGAUCCCUUGUCAUUUUGGCUCAAUGCAUCCCGGUUUCGGCAGAUUUGGAGCAACCUUCAUCUUGUCCGUAAUCUAAAUACACACACGCGCGAAAACAUUUGGCUUGCGGGUCCUUUCAUUUCUGUUCCGUGGGAUGGCGGUCCAGAAGGCACCUUGGAUCGUGUGGUCCGCGGUCGCAUUCGUCCUCAGCAUUUGCGUACCCACUGCGACCUCGAUAGGUGUGAGUUCCAAGUCGAAGUGUGAAGAUGACGACGCCCACAUCAUUGCGCUGGCCAGCGGCAUUGGCGUCACGAUCAGUGGUUGUGCUGAAGUGCAGCCUUAUUGCGGAGAUGUGAAGUAUGGCAGCACUGUGCAGGCGACCUGCCCUGCAACGUGUAGCCUCUGCAGGGUGGCCAGCCCCAGCAGCUCCCCGGCGGCAAAGGUGCUGAUGGACAGGAGCUCCAAGGGCUUCCGGGACGCGGAUGAUCAGCAGUCGUUGGACAGGUCUCUGGCGGCGAAAGGGCCUGACCCGACACCGAGGCCGACGCCGUGGCCGACGCCGUGGCCGACGCGGUGGCCGACGCCGAGGCCGACGCCGUGGCCGACGCCGUGGCCGACGCGGUACCCGACGCCGAGGCCGACACCGUACCCGACGCCGAGGCCGACGCCGUACCCGACGCCGAGGCCGACACCGUACCCGACGCCGAGGCCGACGCCGAACCCGACGCCGAACCCGACGCCUACCCGACGCCGAACCCGACGCCGAACCCGACGCCGUACCCGACGCCGUAUCCGACGCCGAACCCGACGCCGAACCCGACGCCG